AUGGGUGGAAGGUGUGAAGCAUGCAGAGCAAACAUAAAUGUUACUCAAAAACGAAUAAAAUGCACACAAUGUUCGCAUAACUACCAUUCAGAGUGCAUAAAUUUUAAUAAUGAUACUGCUUUAAGAUCUGAAUGGAAGUGUCCCGCUUGCACUGCUUCUUGUCGAAAAGGUGGUGAUAACAGUAACACUCCGAUACGAACUAAUAAGUCUCUUUCCAACACCGUUUACGAUAAAACUACGUAUAGAUCAUCAAACAAAAGUACUGACCAGCCUACAUGUAUCACUGAGACCAGUAGUUGCCAACCAUAUAAUUUGGAAUUAAUUAAUAGCAUAGAGUUACUGUUAGACAAAAAACUCAGUGCUAUAAAAUUCGAUAUAUUUCAAGAGUUGAAAUUAUCACUUAUCACUGAAAUAAAAAACGAUAUAACUAGUAACCUUAAACAGCUGGAAGAAUCGUAUAACAGUUUGCUAAAUGACUACAACAAUCUUAAAAGUAAUUUUGAAAAACUUCAACAAAAUGUCCAGAAUGGCGAGAUGAAACUGGCGGAAUUAUGUGCGCAAAUAAAAAAAGAACAACAAUGGGGUAGACUUUCGAACUUAGAGAUUGUUGGUUUACCAGAAAACUCAAAAGAAUCAACUUCUGAAUUAAUAAUCAAAAUAGCCAGCCAUGCAGGAAUAAAGCUUACGGAUGAUCAAAUUGUUUUUGCGCACCGAGUUCAGCCUAUGCAGAAUGUUGGAGAUUCACCACAACUUGAUUCUAGCCUUAAAAAUAUUGCUCUUCAGAUAGACAUUCCACGAAUCACACCUCCACUACCACUUAAUACACCACCAGCUAUCGAUGCAUUAGAAACGACUCAGUGUGUUACAUUAAAAUCACAAUCGGAUAAACCAAGUGGAAGAUGGAAAGUGAAAAAAGAUAAGACCAAAGUUUGUGGUGAAAAUAAGAAACUAAAAAAAGGAAACAAAAAGCUGAAAAGAAAAUACGAGUAG